CUAACUCAUUCCUUCACAUCAAAACACAAAACACAAAACAAAAACCCUUCCUUUCUCCAACAUGGCUUCUACUUCUUCUACUGGUACUAAGUUUUAUGCCCUUCUUCUGGUGGUGGUGGUGGCCACCUCCAUGGUGGCUAAAUGUGGUGCUAACUUCAACCAAGACUUUGAUCUCACAUGGGGUGACCACCGUGCUAAGAUAUUCGGCGGUGGCCAGCUUCUAUCUCUUUCCCUCGACAAAGUCUCUGGCUCUGGCUUCCAAUCCAAGAAAGAGUACUUAUUUGGGAGGAUCGAUAUGCAGCUUAAACUCGUCGCCGGAAACUCCGCCGGAACUGUCACUGCUUACUACUUGUCAUCUCAGGGACCAACUCACGACGAGAUUGAUUUUGAAUUCUUGGGAAACGUGAGCGGCGACCCCUACAUUCUCCACACAAACGUGUUCACCCAAGGCAAGGGAAACAGGGAGCAACAGUUCUACCUCUGGUUCGACCCCACCAGAAACUUCCACACUUACUCCAUCAUCUGGAAGCCCCAACACAUUAUCUUCUUGGUGGAUAACAUUCCCAUAAGGGUGUUCAAGAAUGCCGAGGUUGCCGGUGUUCCUUUCCCGAAGAACCAACCCAUGAGAAUCUAUUCUAGCCUGUGGAAUGCCGAUGACUGGGCAACUAGAGGUGGCUUGGUGAAAACUGAUUGGUCGAAGGCACCAUUUACGGCGUACUACCGCAAUUUCAAAGCCACGGAGUUCUCGGUGUCUUCCAAUUCAUUCUCUGAUGCUGCAUUGCAGAGCACGGAGCUCGACGCUUAUGGCAGAAGAAGACUUAGAUGGGUUCAAAAGUACUUCAUGAUCUAUAACUACUGCAACGAUCUUAAGCGAUUCCCACAAGGCCUUCCUGCUGAGUGCAAGCGCUGAGAAACAAACCAGUCUUUGAUUUUCUUUGUAAAAUAUGUUAUAUUAUUACGUGUCGCUCUUUUGAUUCUUUAAUUUUGUGUCUUCCUCCCUAUUUUUGCCUUUUUCUCUGAGUUCAUGCUUUAUAUAUGAUAUUCAUAUUCGAAAUAAAUGAAAUUCGUUUUAGUACCUA